AUGCAAACAAUAUUAAAUAUUCCAACUAAUUCCGCCUCAUGGUUUAGCAUGCACUUCACACCUGCAAAUUGUAAAGGGCUACCUGUUGGGGAUAUCAAUAUCCCCCCAAAAACUCUACAAGCAGCUCGAACUGCAACCAGUGCCUGCGGUGGAGAGUUAAAACUUUCCGGUGAGCUCCAGUGCUGUGUAUCUUUUCGAGGAACUACAUUCGUGGGGUCGUGUUAUAUAACGGCAACUGAGUUGAACCUAUUCGGUCUUGAUUGGUUCGAUCGCCACCGGUUAGCCGACAUUCCAUCCAGUAUCGUUUGCAAUGCAGUUCAGUCUCCCACGGCGCAUCCAGAUCAUGCAUCCGACAUUAUCAAGCGAUAUCCAAUUGUUUUCCAGUCCAGUCUCGGCUUUAGUAACCUGGCAGUAUCCCGGCUCAUGUGUUUCCUUCUGGUGACAUGGCAGCUACGCACCGAAGGGGUUACAGCUGAACGAUUGUCUACCUGGACAGCUGUAUCAAUCCCGAUGGUCCAACGAAAGAUGAUAUUUCCAAGAGGGUCGGAAAGGCUAGAGCAGCUUUUUGGCGUAGGCUUAUCCGUCAAGGGUCUAGUUUAUAAUGCUGCGGCGCGAUCUAUAUUGCUGUACGGGUCAGAAACCUGGUCAUUGCGCUCCGAGGACUUAGCGUUUGACCGCCGGCGUCUGCGGAGAAUUGUCUGA